CGCCACUGCGCCUCAGAGUCAGCGAGCUGGCCAUGAGUACCUCAGCGGCAGAAGCGUUGUCUGCCUCUCUUUCCUCUGCCCUCCGCGACCUACGCUCCUUUUCGUUCAAUCUGAACUCCCCGGUUGCAUUUGUUGUUCCGAUUGUAGUCAUCCUCCUCCGCGUCGCAUACGUGCAGGCCAAGCACAUCCACGAGACACGCAGCGCAAAGAAGCGGAACAUGAGCUACACGGUGAAAUGGGGAAGGGAACGGCUGCACUUCCCACUUCCGGCACCCGACGCCAAAUUGGCUGAGAUCCGGCAUGAAAUCGCGACGUACACCCAGCUGGACCCUCAAUCCUUCAAGCUCGUCCACGCCGGCGCCGUAAUGAAGGACGACAACGCCCCGAUAUCCGCAUAUGGUAUCAAACCCAACUCAAGCAUCGCCGUCGUGGGUGGCGGUGAUGUUCCGGCUGCACAUAAGCGACACAAGCCCAAAGAGAAGCCUGCAGAGCGCACAGAAGCAUCAACAGUCGCACAAAUCCGCGGCGAACUUGACGUCGUUCGGCGCACGCUCAAGCCAGAUGUCGAGUCAUUCCUGACGACACUGGACCCGUCUUCCGUACCAUCCUCGACUGCUUCCGCUCCCGCACCACAGCCUGCAUCUGCGCCUGUGACGGACAGCAAUGCAGCACAGCUCGGCGGGCGCAAUACCGACAUCGAGCUGGAGCACAGAAGACUGGGCGAGCUGCUUCUGCAGUCGCUGCUGAGACUAGACGCCAUCACCGCGGAGGGCGAGUGGGAGGAGGCCCGGAAGGAGAGAAAAGGCGCGGUGAAGGAAGUGCAGACCUUACUCGACCGCCUGGAUGGCGGAUUCAGAGCACGGCCGCGGACCGCCGCUCGGUAGAAGACGUGGACAUUGAACGUUUGAACACUGAAGUACAAGGUUGUCCGCUCUUCUUGUAGACAGGCUAGAUGGGAUACCACCUGUUAUUGGUUCGUACUAUUUAUUGAGCUUGUUUAUCCUGGG